GACGUCGAAUGCACGCACUGAGGCGCGCAAGGCGCCAAACUCGGACGCUGACGGGAGAAGCGGGGAGACGGCGGGAGCGCACCAUCUGUGAUUGUGCGGGACGAUGGCUGUACCAUUUGUGGAAGAUUGGGACCUGGUGCAGACUUUGGGUGAAGGAGCGUAUGGCGAGGUUCAACUGGCAAUUAAUCGGCGAACAGAGGAAGCAGUGGCAGUGAAGAAAGUGGACACCACAUGCGCUCGCGACUGCCCUGAUAAUAUCAAGAAGGAAAUCUGCAUCAAUAAGAUGCUGAGCCACACAAACAUUGUCCGCUUCUAUGGGCAUCGGAGAGAGGCGCACAUCCAAUACUUGUUUUUGGAGUAUUGCAGUGGAGGAGAGCUCUUCGAUAGAAUAGAGCCUGAUGUGGGGAUGCCGGAAGUGGAUGCUCAUAGGUUUUUCCAGCAGCUAAUAGCAGGAGUGGAAUAUCUUCAUGGCAUUGGAAUUACACACAGGGACAUCAAGCCAGAGAACCUGCUACUUGACGACAGAGAUAACCUGAAGCUCUCUGAUUUUGGCUUGGCAACAGUUUAUAGACACAAUGGCCGGGAGAGGUUGUUAAAUAAAAUGUGCGGCACUCUACCGUAUGUUGCCCCAGAACUUCUGAAGAGGAAGGAGUUCCAUGCGGAACCGGUGGAUGUCUGGUCCUGUGGAAUUGUUCUCGUUGCCAUGCUGGCCGGAGAAUUACCCUGGGACCAGCCUGCUGAGAGUUGCCAGGAAUACUGUGAUUGGAAUGAAAAGAAACUAUACUUGACACCGUGGAAAAAGAUCGAACCUAUCCCACUGAGUCUACUGAACAACAUUCUGACACAAAGCCCAAAGAACAGAACCACUAUUUCCGAUAUUAAAAAGGACCGAUGGUUCAUUAACCAGUUUAAGAGAGGUGUGAAGAGAGGUCGGUUGUCAUCUGGUUGCCCUAAUGAUUCUCAGGGACCGUUCUCUAAACAGAUUCAUUCUAACGUGGACCUGUCCCCUGCUAGUGAUAUCCCCUGGAGGGAUAAUCAAACAAGGUACUCGAUAUCUCAGCCUGAGCCUCGGAUUGCUUCAUCGGUAUGGGAUUGCAAUCCUUCCAGCAUUGAUAAUCUAGUCCAAGGCAUCAGCUUCUCCCAGCCCACGUAUACAGAUCACAUGCUUGUCGGAAGCCAGUUACAGAAUACACCAGGAUCAUCACAGAACCCUUGGCAACGACUGGUGAAACGAAUGACCCGGUUCCUCACAAAGUUGAAUGCUGAACAAUCCUACCUGAGCCUGAAGGAGGUUUGUGAAAAACUGGGCUACACCUGGAAGAAAAAUUGCAACAACCAGGUGACCAUAUCAACAGUGGACAGACGGAACAACAAGCUGAUAUUCAAAGUGAAUCUGAUUGAGAUGAAUGAGAGAAUUCUGGUGGACUUUAGAUUGUCCAAGGGUGACGGUCUGGAGUUCAAAAGACACUUUGUGACCAUAAAGCACAAAUUAAAUGACAUCAUCUACACUCAGAAGAUCCUGACGCCUCUAACCUGAUUUUAUUUUUGAGCGUUGUAUCUGCUGGGAUGAUGCUACCAGUAGUAUUGUGUAGGGUAACGGCUGAGUUACAUUAUUUGACUCGACUUGAACACACUAAAGUAUGUGCUUGUUUAUGGUUGAUCGGUAAGAGUUCAGCCCAGCCAUAAUUAACGGAGAGACUUCAAGAGAUAGAUAAUCGACUAAAAGCAGCAGAGAUUAUACCUGAACAAAUUCACUCGGGUCAAUCAAAAGCAAUGCUUCUCUCUCACCCCCAUUCUGGGUGUCUGCGUCACUGUGAAUCUCUGCCAGCUAGCUUAAUGUAGAUUCUCUUCUUAGCAAUGUUGGGAGGCACUGUUAAAUGUCAGUCCCCAGUUAGGUGUAGCACUGGUCAAGGAUCUUCACAACCAAAGUCAAGCCAGUGGAGAGGUGGGGUUGUGACAGUGGGCCAAUAAAGUGUUUAUUACAGCAGCAUGCCCAACCUGUGGCCCACUUUGCUUCUAAAAAUGUUCUGGAAAUUUCAAGAUAAUUUUUUACAAGUAUUUAAAAAAAAGAUAAUGCUUGUCCUGUCUGAGAUUGGUCUUGCCGCAGGUGUUGGGGAGAUAUUGGGCCCAAUCCAAGACCUGAUGGUUGCGAGAUCGGGCUGGUAAUUUUAGCACCAAUAUUACUCUCCUCGUCUCCCCCUCUCUCUCUCUCUCCCCACUCUCUCUCUCUCUCUCUCUCUCUAUAGCUCUCUCUCUCUAUAGCUCUCUCCCUCUCAGUGAAUUUUGAGCAUUGAUUAAAAUGCAGAAAUUGUUGGAUUUGAGAUCUUGUGUUUACUAUGACAUAUUUCAAUUCGAGUUUUCUACAGAUUGACAAUAGUUAUCUAAUUUUCUCAAAUUGUGUAGUUUGUGAAGCCCCCACCUCUCACUGGAACGCUUAUCUGCACAGAUCAACGUAUCUGGUGACGGAGGAGCUGUUACUUUGCCAGCUGUAACAUUUCAUGCAUUCCUUGGGCCAUGGCCAAUUGUGGAAUUCAUGACCUGCUUAUUUCACAUCAUAGGUAUGCAAUACUUUGUUAGCUGUAACACAUCUUAUAACUGAAUCUGAUUCCCAAUACAACAACUUAAUUUUGUCUUUGAUUUAAAACAAUUCAGCUUUUGUGGUUGAUUAGCUCCCUUUCUGUUCACUGCUGUGUAUGUGCAGCAGUAAAAUGAAGUUCCUCGAGGUAGAUAUUUGUUUAUUAACUACUCGUACUUUAAAGAAUUAAUCGGACUCGAGGGAGCAGAAGAAAUGGACUAGUCAUCAGGAUUAGAUGUUAACAUAGGUAGUAUUUUAUCUAAAAUUAAUUUCCCUCUCUCCCAACGAGAUUUUUCUAAAUGGUUUUGUGUUCAGAUUUAAAUGAUGAGGGAAAUUCUGCUGUAACUACUUUGGAGGACUGCCUGCAUGUCACAAGAUUAUCUAAGGUCUGCAUCUAAAGUAGUGGCUAGAUUCGUUUCAGUUAAUAUACUGCCAGUACCGAGAAAACUACAGAGACCACAUCAACAAGGUUGGUUUGGAGCCAAGUGUUUCUGGUAAAGAGUCCUAGCUCAGUUAUUGGGGGGUGGCACUCAAUUCCCCAAAGUUGUAAAAGAUGAAUAAUUUUCUGCAAACUAUUGAAUAAAAUAUUGGUUCCAAUACGUUUCACUGUUGGAAUGAGUCCAAAUCCAAUUUCAUAA